AUGGGACAUCCCGACGAAGACAAGAGGGAGGCCCCGCAAGCCGCUGCGGACGAAGCCCCACCGUACGACGACCAGGAUGACAGCCUCAUUGCUCCUCCGCCCUACACAGACCCCGAGGGCCGGGUCGUCGCCCCGGCCGUCAAGCUCUUCCCCGUGUCCAUGAACGGCUACUACAAGUGGAAGCUCUCGCGGACCUUCCACCUCGGCCCGUCCAAGGACCACCCGCUCUUCGCCGUCGAGACGCACACGGGCGGCAUCACGGGCAAGAAGCCGACCAUCAUCCUGCGCAACGGCCCCACGGAGAGCGACCCGAUCCUCGGCACGGCGGGCGGCGCCAACUUCAUGCAGACCAAGUACAUCAUCACGCUGCCGGGCCGCCAGGGGCCCGACGGCAAGGACGUGACGGUCACCAUGAAGGCGCCGACCAUCACGAGGUCCAGCGCGCCGCUGUCCAUGCCCGUGGGACCCAACGGCGAGACCGAGGAGUUCGAGUGGCGGUCGAGCCGCGGGGACGACAUCAAGGAGCUGGCCCAGGGGUCGUCGUGGGGCUACAAGCUGGUGCGGCUGCAGGGGCCUAACACUAAGUCCGGCGGGAGCAGCACGGCGGCUCAGUCUUCGGGCUUCACUAGUGACGGGAAGGAGGUCGUGGCGCUCAUUGCGCUCAACGCCACGUGGAGCUGGACCAAGGCGAUACGGUUCGCCUUUAUGGGCAGCGGGCUGUCGGGCACGAUGGGGGAGGCCUGGGAGAUUGCGGCGCUGACUUCGGCGCUCCAGUUGUAUUACGUUUAUGUUGUCGCUAGUGCCGCUUCGGCCGGUGCGGCGUAA